AUGCGAGACUUGUCGCAAAACAUGUACGAGACCAAGGACGCCAAUACAUAUGCGCGUGGCUCAUGGGGCUAUACCGUUCUCCGCACCGUGUAUACAGAGGAGUCAGAGAGGUUGGUGCCUCUCGCUAUCGAUCGACUGAAGCUAUGGACGAGCGCAUGGUAUCUGCAUGUGAACCGGUAUCCCAUGUAUGGCGAUAGGUGGAUUCAGCGGCAAAGGCCCAACGGUAUUGUGAAUGAUGAGCUCGGACGCCGGUUCCGUGUCGAGCUCCUCGAAAACAGGCAGAGACUAGAUCUGCCAAAUAUGAAUGACGCGGAGCACGAUCAUGUGAAAAGACUCUGCGGUGUGUUCGAUGAAUGGGUGGUCAGUGUUGGUGGCAGCGUUGAUGACAGGGUAAUGACCCCUCGUCUUUGCGAUUGCCUAGUCAUGGACGAGGACUCUAUGCGGUGCCUGGCAGCACUACCGACGGAUACACCACCGCUCCGUACGGCGGAAACGGAAGAAGAAAGAAGAGAAUGGCGCUCUCGAGGCGAUGCUUAUUUAUGGCUGCUAGACACUCGCGCAGUCCGGAGAUUCAACCCAGCUUCCGAUGAAAGCAGAUUUCGUGGAUGGAUGAAAGUUGACGCAUCAAAACUUGACGAAAGCUGGUUCCAAAAGGUAUCUCGAAUUGAUAGAACAGGCUCCGACGAGUGGGUUCUGGAGUGCCGUGAAAUGAAGGAGACAUCAGGUGAUAAAGCAAAUUGGUUUGAUGUCGUCUGUUGA